GCCAUAAAGCCGGAGCAAUGAGAGAAGGAGCUUAGUUUUUGGGUCAAGCAUAGAUUAGAAAGAAGAUACUAAAGGAUCCAACCAGAGGAUAAGCAAGUCAAAAGCAUGGCAUCGGUGCCGGCAGAGUUCUUGAUUGGUAAGAUAGUUUCUGUCAUCGAAAAUGAAGCAGCCUUGUUAGGUGGAGCUCGUGAUGACCUUGAAGAAAUCAAGCGAGAGCUAGUGAGCAUGAGAUCCUUUCUACAUGAUACAGAUAUGAGAAGGCCUCAAACCGACGUUGAGAAAACUUGGGUUGCUGAUGUGAGAAAUUUGGUGUAUGAUGUUGAAGACAUCAUCGAUGAGUUUAUGUAUCUCUCCAACAAGAGACAGGGUAGGCACAGAUCCACAAGAAACCUCCACAACACCAUCGGCUUUCCAAAACAUCUUUGGAAAAGGCGUCAAAUUUCCGUCAGGCUGCAAAAACUCUCAAGUAUGAUCAAAGCCAUACCAGAAAGAAACCAGAGGUAUCGUAUUGAUCAUAGUAUGGAAGGGAAGAGUUCUGAUGAUAGUGGCAAAGGGGCACUCCAUGGGGAAUCAUCUUUGUUUAUUAAGGAUGAUGAACUUGUGGGGGUUGAAGAUGAAAGGCAACUGUUAGUUGGAUGGCUAACAAAUGGAGAAUUGCAACGCACAACUAUUUCAGUUGUUGGCAUGGGUGGCUCUGGAAAAACAACUCUAGUUGCCAAGGCCUACAAUUCUGAAACUGUGAAGCGGCAUUUUGACUGCUAUGCUUGGAUUACUGUCUCCCAAACUUAUGUCAUUGAGGACUUGUUUAGGAGCUUGAUUAAGCAAUUCUAUCGGGCCACAAUGGAAGCAGCUCCUAUGGAAUUGAGCUCCAUGAAUUACCAACAGCUGGUUGAGAUGCUUGUGAAUUACUUGGAAUCCAAGAGGUAUGUGGUUGUUCUGGAUGAUGUAUGGACUGCAAACCUUUGGAGUCAAAUAAAAGUUUCACUUCCAAAUAGCAGGCAUGGUAGUCGAGUCAUGCUUACAACAAGGAAUGAAAGCGUAGCUUCUCUUUCUUUUGAAAUUGGAAGCCAUGUUCAUCAUAUUCGUCCACUAUCAGAAAUUGAAGCAUGGGCCCUUUUUUGCAUGAAAGCUUUCUCAAGGAAUGGCAGCAAGUGCCCCUUGGAGCUUGAAAUUUUAGCCAAGGACAUAGUGGAAAAAUGCCAAGGACUACCUCUCGCAAUUGUGUCAUUGGGUGGUCUCUUGUCUGCCAAAAGCUCAUCAGAAUGGAGGAUGGUUGGCAAUAGCUUGAAUUGGGAGUUGCACAAUAACCAAAUACUUCAACCAGUGAAAAGCAUCUUGUUGCUGAGCUACAAUGAUUUGCCAUACCGACUUAAGCAUUGUUUCCUCUAUUGCUGCUUAUUUCCUGAGGAUUAUUCAAUUAAGCGAAAGAGACUCAUCAGAUUAUGGAUGGCAGAGGGGUUUGUAGAACAGGUCAAAGGGAUAACACCAGAAGAGGUUGCUGAGGGAUACCUCAUGGAACUCAUUCGCCGAAGUAUGCUUCAUGCUGUAGAGAGGAACUCAUUUGGACUUCCAAAAGCAUGCAAGAUGCAUGAUCUACUACGGGAGCUUGCUCUUUCAAUUUCGGAAGAACAAAAAUUUUGUGCUGUACAUGACGAACAAAGAGUAGGUGCAAGAGAAGAUGGCAUAGCACGUCGUCUGUCAGUCCAAGCACUAGGAAAAGAAACCAGAGUCUAUGAGGGUAUGUCACUGCUUCGCGCUUUCUUUUGGUUUGUUGAUGAUGCGCUCUUUCUUUCUUCCAUAAAUACAUUAGCAUCUGGCUUUAAGCUUCUGAGGGUGCUGGACUUGGAAGAUGCUCCAAUUGAAAAGUUGCCAAAUGACAUAGUCACUUUGUUUAAUUUGAGAUACUUGAACUUGAAAAGAACACUAGUUAAGGAGCUGCCAAAAUCAAUUGGAAGAUUGCAUAACCUUGAAACAUUAAAUAUUGAUGACACCAACAUUAAGGCGCUUCCAAAAGGGAUUGUUAAGUUGCAGAACUUGCGGUAUCUUCUAGCACGCCGUUUGAAUCCUGGACUGUACAAUGAUUUCGAUUAUGUAUCUGGCAUACAAGUGCAUUUAGAUAUAAGUACUUUAAAGAACUUGCAAGUUCUAGGUUGUGUAGAAUCUAGUGGAAAUAUGAUGAAGCAAGUGCAAAGCAUGACCCAGCUAGUGAGACUUGAACUUUCAAACGUUAAAAGUUCAGAUGAAACGGAAUUGUGCUCUGCCAUCCAAAAUAUGCCUUUCCUUUGCCGCUUAUUUGUGAUGGCAAGUAACCAUGAGAUUCUACAGAUGAAUGCUUUGAAAUCACCUCCACCAGGCCUUAGGAGACUCUGUUUGGUUGGAAAGCUGGAGAAUAUCCCAGGAUGGUUUCACUCACUUGAGAGCCUUAGAGUUUUACAUUUGCAUUGGUCCAGCCUAGAAAACGAUCCAACUUCACAUCUUCAAGCGCUUCCCAAUUUAAGGUGGCUUAUCCUUGUCAAAGCAUACGAAGGUAGACACCUGCAAUUUCGUCAAGGGUUUACUAAUCUAGAGAUUUUAGAGUUGCUUAAUUUUCCCACACUUGAGCUGAUAACUAUAGCAAAGGGAGUAAUGUCAGGCCUUAAAGAACUAUGCAUUGGCAAUUGUGAAAAUCUGAUGAUGAUUCCUUGGGGUGUCAAAAAUCUUACCAACCUUCAGGAACUGACACUGAUGAAUGCUUCAGAACAACUCACUAAGCGUAUUUGCGCACCCUCUGGUGUGGAUCAUGAAGUUGUCCAACACAUUCCUAAGAUCAACAAUUUUUGCUUCACAUCAACAGGGUGGUUUCAGGAAAGCCUGUCCUAGAUCUUUCACUAAAAAGUUUCUCCAGCUAAAUUCCUCUGGCGUUUAUGUCUGCUUGUUAGCUCCAUUUGUAUUUGUUGCAAUUUCAGACAAAGGGUUUAAUUACAGUUCAAUG